AUGCCCGAGCUAGACGAUAUAACGUACCCAACCCUCCAGCUAGAUGACCACCUCCUCGACGAAAAGCUCCCCUCCGCGAGACCCAUCCUCACCAUCAACCCCGACCAGCCCCCAGCACACGCCACCCUCGGCGCGCUCGACAUCCUCCCCCUCGAGCUCCUCGACCACGUCCUCGCACAGCUCGACCUCUGCACCGUCAUCUCCUUCCGCCACAUAAACCGACGCGCCGCCCAGCUCGUCGAGUUCUCGCCCACGUACCGCGCCAUCAGCCGCCACGCCUCCAACGCCCUCUGCGCCGCGCUCAACAUUGGCUGCGCGCAAUGGGUCACCUGCGGCGCGCUAUACGGCGCGCUGUGUACGUGGAAGUGUGAGUCCUGUGGCGACUUUGCGGGCUACAUCUAUCUCGUCGCUUGCGCGCGGGUGUGCUUCCUGUGCUUCACGUCAAGGAGGCAGUAUCUGCCGCUGCGACCGAGCCACGCGCGGCGCAAGUUUGGCCUGAGCGGCCAGAUUGUCAAUGCGUUGCCGCACGUUCGUGCUCUGCCGGGGGUCUACACGCCGAGGGAGAAGAAGCUACAUCGCGUCGUCCUCGUCGACUAUGCGUCCGCGCGGCACGCCGGGAUCGCGCACCACGGCUCAGAGGCUGCCAUGAACCGCUACAUGGAAGCUACUCGCGUCGCGCAAGUCCAAGCCUACAAUGCAAAAGGCACUGCGUCCGGUCGGUCUGCAUCAUCUGCUGCCUGCCACACACAUCCACCAAAAUUGGAAGACCCGCCUGACGACGGUCCGUGGAACCCAUUUCGAUUCGCAGCCGUUUGUAGAGUUCCGUGGUUGAACAGCGAGACGCAGCAAGUCGAAUCGGGCUUCCACUGCCUGGGGUGCAAGUACGAGAUUGACCUGCCCCUCAACUUUCGUCGAGAGUUUACAAGGGCCUCGUUUGGGGAGCACCUUGAAGAAUGUGGCCCGAUCGUGGACGGGAAGCACUGUCCAGGUAGCUAG